AUGGUGACGGAAGGCAUUAUUCUAGGCCACAAGGUUUCUUCAAGAGGCCUUGAGGUGGAUCAAGCUAAAGUUGAAGUGAUAGAGAAGUUGCCUCCUUCUUUGAACAUGAAAGGGAUUAGAAGCUUUUUGGGGCAUGCCGACUUCUACCAAAGAUUUAUCAAAGAUUUUUCCAAAGUUGCAAAGCCUUUAAGCAAUCUGCUUAACAAAGAUAAGUCUUUUAUCUUCGAUGAUGCUUGCAUGUUAGCUUUUAAUGAUUUGAAAGAAAAAUUGAGUAAUGCACCCAUAAUCAUUGCACCAAUUUGGUCUUUUUGCAAUGCACAACUUGACAGGGUGUUGGAACAAUUUGGUGUUAAGCAUAAGGUUCCCACCCACAAACGAACGGUCAAGUCGAGAGAUAAAAAGAAAUAUGGAAAAAAUAGUUUCAAGCUCUAG